AUGCCAGACGUCGCCAGGCAGUCCUCGUCGUCCGACAGCGACACAACGCUCAACAGGCCUCGACGUCACGACGCGAGCGACGCGAGCGACGCAAUCGACGCAAUCGACUCGAUCGACGUGACCGACGAGACCGGGCAACCGGACAGACCAGAACCCGCCGGCCCAACGGACAGGAAAUUGGUCGUCCAGACGCCAAAAGACGCCGUGGCGCCAGUUGCCGUAUCAGUUGCCGUGGCAAUGACAUUGGCCGUCACCGUGGCGGGUCAACCGAAUCUCAACCCCAGCCAUCCUCAUGCGGUUAGUGCGGUUGGUUCCAUCCUUCUUACUCUCGCUCUCACGCCUACUCUGCUUCACGCCGAAGUCUGCCCUCUUAUCGCAUCUCGAUCUACAAGCCAUCCUCCAUAUUUCUCUCUCUCUCUCUCUCUUUCUCUCUCUUUCUCUCUCUUUCUCCCUCUUUCUCUCUCUCUCUCAUUCUGGGACUGA